UCGAGAGAUUUACCUUUCUAUAUUUGAGGACUAGUACACCAGUAUGGAUAAUCCUUCGCCCUAUGGCGAUUAUAAGUUCGUCGGUCGUGUGGAUCAUGUCAAAAUCUUUAACCAAGCCAUUAAGUCCAUCUGCUUUAAUGAUUAUGGUAUGCUUCAUGUUUCUGACGAUGGCUUGCGCAUCACUGUUGAGCAGGGAAAGUCCAUCCAGGCCACUCUGUUCAUGCCGCCAGCUGCCUUCAAGGAGUUUUACGUACAAGAUUUCCAAAGUUUUGGUCUAAAGAUGAACGUGUUAUCGGAGUGCCUCAAUCUCUUUGGAUCAGCCGACUGCAGUUUGAGGAUAAUGUACUGCGACCAGGGUAGCCCACUGAAGAUAAUACUAUACCCGUACGACGAUGAGGACGUUAGCACUGAGUGUGCAAUCCAAACAAUGGAUUGCGAAGAGCCAAUUGACUACGAUUUGGAAUUAAAGGGUCCGGAUCUAAACGUUAUUUUCGUACGUGGAUCUAACCUCUCCAAGGUAUUUCACGAAUUAGAGAAGUCUGCGGAGGAAUUCGAGUUUAUUACGUCACCGGAUAGGCCACAUUUUAAAAUCACUACCGUAGGAAUUAUGCAAGCGGUUUUUAGUGUUGAGGUGGCCAAGACCAGUCCCAUGAUGAUGAUGUUUAACUGCAAGAACACAGUAAAAGCUCGAUAUAAAAGUCAUCAUAUUAGGCUUACAAACAAGGCGAUGCAGUCAGCCACCAAAGUCGCUAUUAAAACGAAUUCCAUUGGUCUGCUAGAGCUUCACCUGGUUAUGCAGGGUGACGGUCAGGAGGAGAUCUUUGUGCAGUUUUACAUCAUUCCAUUGCUUAAUACCGAAUAAAGAACAGAAUUAUGUACAAUACUA